AUUGGCCCGCGACGGGGUCCGUGGUCGCGCUGGCGUCUGGGAAGGAGAGAAAAUGGCGUCCGAGCCGAGCAAGACCGAAAUCCAGACCCUUUUUAAGAGGCUCCGCGCGAUUCCGACCAACAAGGCCUGCUUUGACUGUGGUGCCAAGAAUCCGAGUUGGGCCAGCAUCACGUACGGUGUUUUCCUGUGCAUUGACUGCUCCGGGGUGCACCGUUCCCUGGGUGUCCAUCUCAGCUUCAUCAGGUCCACAGAGUUGGAUUCCAACUGGAACUGGUUCCAGCUGAGGUGUAUGCAGGUCGGCGGGAAUGCCAAUGCGACAGCUUUCUUCCGCCAACAUGGAUGCACAGCCAGUGAUGCCAAUACCAAAUAUAAAAGCCGAGCUGCCCAGAUGUACCGGGAAAAGAUCCGGCAGCUGGGAAGUGCGGCUCUGUCUAGGCAUGGCACCGAUCUUUGGAUAGACAAUAUGAGUGGUGCUCCCAGUCAUUCCCCAGAGAAGAAGGACUCUGAUUUCUUCAUGGAACACACUCAACCCCCUGCCUGGACUGCACCAGCCAGCGACCCUGCAGAGACCCAGCAGCCAGCCCCGUCUGCAGAGAGCAGUGGAUUGGCACAGCCGGAGCAUGGCCCCAACACAGACCUGCUUGGCACCUCACCCAUAGCUUCUCUGGAAAUGAAAACUUCCCUCAUUGGCAAGAAGAAGCCAGCAGCAGCAAAGAAAGGGCUGGGUGCCAAGAAAGGCCUAGGGGCCCAGAAGGUGAGCAGCCAAAGCUUCAGUGAGAUUGAGCGGCAGGCCCAGGUGGCAGAGAAGCUCCGUGAGCAGCAGGUGGCUGAUGCCAAGAAGCAGGCGGAGGAGUCCAUGGUUGUCUCCAUGCGUCUGGCCUACCAGGAGCUCCAGAUUGACCGUAAGAAGGAAGAGAAGAAGCUACAGAAUCUGGAAGGGAAGAAGCGAGAGCAGGCAGAGAGGUUGGGCAUGGGCUUGGUGUCCAGAAGCUCUGUCUCCCACUCGGUGCUGUCGGAGAUGCAGGUGAUCGAACAGGAAACACCUGUGAGUGCAAAAUCUUCCCGCUCGCAGCUGGACUUGUUUGACGAUGUUGGUACCUUCGCCUCUGGACCCCCAAAGUACAAAGACAACCCUUUUUCCUUGGGGGACAGUUUUGGUUCCCGAUGGGAUACAGAUGCCACCUGGGGUAUGGACAGGAUGGAGGAGAAGGAGCCAGAAGUGACCAUCUCAAGCAUCCGGCCUAUUUCAGAAAGAGUCACAAACCGGAGGGAAGUGGAGAGCCGGAGCUCGGGCCUCGAGUCCAGUGAAGCACGUCAGAAGUUUGCAGGAGCCAAAGCCAUCUCAUCUGACAUGUUCUUUGGGCGGGAGGUGGAUACUGAGUAUGAAGCCAGGUCUCGGCUACAGCAGCUCUCAGGCAGUAGUGCCAUCAGCUCUUCAGACCUCUUUGGGGACAUGGAUGGAGCUCAUGGAACAGGUAGCGUAUCUCUGGGGAAUGUGCUCCCCACAGCUGACAUUGCCCAGUUUAAGCAGGGUGUCAAGUCUGUGGCCGGGAAGAUGGCUGUGCUGGCCAAUGGUGUGAUGAAUUCUUUGCAGGAUCGCUAUGGUUCCUACUGAUCCAAACUCCGCGGCUCAGACAUGGUGGUGACAGCAGCAAAGACCCCAUGAUUACCAGGCCAGGGCUGCUUGCCUUUGGAAGCCGGGGAGGAAUCGUUACAUGUGUGGUGUAUGAGUGGGGUGGCCUUUGAGGGUCUCUGGUGAGGGCAUGGGCGGUACUAGCCCUUGACCUCUGCCUGUAGAUCGAGCCCUUUAUUCUCCCUCACACCCUCCCUGUGUGCUAGAUUAUUGUCCUUCCAGUCCUGCUCCCAAAGCUGCUGCUCACUUGUCCUGCCACACUGGGAGUGGGGGAGGGCGUCUCCUCAGGAUGGCUUAUUCUGGGUCUAGCCCUUCCCCGAGUAGGGAAGUGAAAAGUGUAAGGCUCUUUGGCCAGCUCUAGGGUCCUUCCAGGUCGUCUGGGGUUUGGCCCCGUCCUCUGGAACCAGUAGGGAGGUCUAGGGAGAGUUCUGCGGUAGACCAGCCCAGAGGAGGGGAAGCUCUGAUGCUGCUGGGUCCCAAGAGCGGGCAGGGGAGGCGAAGGACCUUCGUCUGGGCCUUACUAAGGGCUAGAAACUUUACCUGGUACCUAAAGGUUUCAUUUGGGGUCAGGCUGGAGGCCCGAAUGAUGAUCUGUCUCAGCACCCCUUUUACAGUGGUCACUUGGAGGAUGACUUUUCCUCCUGGGUGUCUAGGAGUUGUUCCUUACCAUCCAUGUGGACCACAGCACCCUCUGUCCCCUCCCAAGACUGUCCUUUUUUCCCUUGCUUGGUGGCAAUGGUGAGUCUCAUCUGCCCUGUGCUGUCCUGCUCUGGAUGCUGUGGGCAUGAUGCUGGCCGAGGAAGCAGAGGACGUGAGGGACAGAAGCAGCCUCCUGGGGCUCAACUUUCUUCCUCUGUAUCAUCCUGGGCUUAGGGGGGCCUGGACAGCACCCCACUUGUGAGAGCUGGAGGUACCUAGAGCUGUAAGCCUCGCCCCUGGCCACUGGGCCGUGCACUGUGUCCGCCGUGGUGCCAUCUUCCCUGCCGUGCUGGCAGUCGGCCCUCGCCACCCCCUGUGGGUUGAAGGUCGGGCUCCCAAGCAACACAAACCACUCUUCCCACCACCCCUCCCCAAAAGGGACUUGACUUUCUUUCUGGACUGUUUGUAUUGAAACAUAGUGGUGUCAAAUAAAGCCCCGGCGGGGCCCUGGGCCCCUGUUGGUCUGAGUGAAGUGGUGUCCUCUGGAUCCUGCCUCCCUGCCCAGCAUAGGUCCCUUGCCUCACUCUCUGGGCUCCCACCGAUACAGGCAGGGCGUUGGUGCCGAAGCUGAGGGAACUUUCUCCAGGGCCUCCAGCUUGUCUCUUCUCUGGAAGCCAAAGUCCCCUGGCUUCUCGGCCCUGUGCUGCCUUGAGGUCCGGUGCAGCCUCGACCUCACCACCCUGUUGCACGCGGAGGAAAGAGUGGGUGUUAGUUGGCCCUUUCACUCAUCCUCAGCCAUGUGGCUGCGGGCAAGCGAGCAACCUCGGCAUCCCUGCGCCUCUCCCAACAGUAGGCUCGACUCGGGGUGUUUCUCAGGGGAGUUUAAUAAUAAAAUACACAGACCUUAAUGGAAUCCUUUAAAUCCAGAAAGAAAUGUGUGUGUGUAUAAACCCCUGGCUUGGCAACCCCUUUCCCUCACAGGGGCUCUUAGAACAUCUCUACCACCUUGGGGUUAUUGGGGUACAGUUUUAAAACACUGGAAGAUGGAUGAUUAGGAAGGAUGGGUGGAGGGAGCCAUGUGAUCUCUUCUAAGCCAGUGAUUUCCAAAGCAUGGAUCCAGAGCUUCCAGCUUUGGAAUGGUCUGGAGUGUUCGGAAUCCAGGUUCCGUGCCCCAUCCCAAACUGGAGUUGGGUCAUUUGCAUUGUAAACAAUCCCCAGGUGAUUCUGAUGCACACAAGGAUUUUCCAGCUGCUUUGAAUCUUAGGCUGGAUGUGUUUGUGGCCUGGAGAGCUGCCAGGAUCCUGGAGCUUCAGUGGGCCUGGCUCUGCAGGGCUCCAGGGGCCAGUUCCUGUAACUCCAGGGAGGCUGCUCUGGGCAGGGAUGAGCCCAGGGGAAUGUGUGCACCCAGUGGUGGGACCUUGGGUUUUGCUUCAGAGGAGGCA